GGAGGAGAAGGCGUGAGAAAUAAAACCUGGAUAAAUAAAUUUACUUUCAGUUACUUUCGAGCUGUUCGUUCGUCAGGACGUUUGUUUUAUACCGUAAAUUAUAGUUUACGUGGAUCAAAAAAUGGCCUGGACGAAUAUCGAUCGGAUCGCAACUCCGACGAUCCUGUUCUCACUCCUCGUUGGCGUGAACCUCGUCUUUGGUUUUCCCGACGGAGCCCCCGUCGACGCCUGCGUGAAACCUCGCCCUAAUCAACCCUAUCAUGGUCAAGCCAGGCCGCAGCCCCGAGAGACGAAUCCAUACACGAUAACGGCGUCCUCUGCCGAAUACGGACCUGGUUCGCAGAUAACUGUGAGCAUCGAGGGAGCAACUUUCAAAGGAUUCUUUAUCCAGGCGAGAGACGCUCACACCGAUAAUUGGAUCGGGUCCUGGGCCCAGACUCCAAACACAAACACUCACGCCGAGUGCAGUGCAGUGACCCACGCCGAUCCUCGUGACAAACAGCAGGCGACCCUGAUAUGGAACGCGCCCCACAACGCUCGAGGUCGGGUGUACUUUACGGGCACCGUGCUUAAGGAUUAUGGAACUUUCUGGUCCGACUGGAGGCUGCCGGAAAAUCCCCCGGCUCGUUUCGGAAAGUAGAAGAAAUACUACCGAUCUCCGAAACUCGAGAACGUUUUUUUUUUUUUUUUUUUUUUUUUUUUAUCUUU